AUGCCUUCAUGCUCAUUGGGACAGGGGCACUUCUAUGAUGAAAUAGGAUUCCCACUUACAUUCCACACAUAUCAACCAGAAGAUGUAAUGGUCAAUAAGCUCAGCUACUCCCAUGAACUUCCCAAAACCCCACCAACCACCUCUAGGAGAAAUUUCCUAAGGGGGGCACUGGGUAGAACCAGACAAGCUUCAAUAGAUCCCCUCAAUGAACUUCUACCUGUUGUAUACAAUUCUUUCUUUAAGACUACCAAGACAAUUCAAGAUCUUCAAUCUCAACCUUCUCAACCAGUACAUUUUGGAAUUCAAAAAUUAGCAGAGAAGGUAUUGGUAUUGGUCAACACACUUGGUAAUCAGCAUGUUCCUCAGACUGAUUGGCUCAAAAAACAUGAACACCUAGUAAAAGAAUGCCAAGACUUGGCUCAGGAAUCUUUGUUGAACCCUCAUGAUCUGAAAGACCUGGAAAGGCUUUGGGCUACUGGAAUCUGGGUAGCACUUGAAAUAGGAAAAUGGGGAAGAACAGACAAUAUACCAAUGCCAGACGGCCUCAGAAACCAAGUAAAACUGGAAAUACAAGCUGCUUGGCAUUAUGGAGCACAAUUCACUGAAGCAUUUGAUCAUUGGAUGAGAAAGGAAAUACCCACAAGAGGCCAUGAUCAUGGACUUGAGGAAUGUUUGAAGAGGGCUGAAUUGAUAGGACAACAUGAGAAGGAGGAUGGAUAUCAAAUUGGUAGAAUCCGUCACCCAACCGAUAGAAUGGUUGCUGAAUACCUCUCAGGUCACACACUACCUCGAGAGGCUGUCCUAGUCCAGGGUCUUCUUGCUGAAUUUCAGGAAAUUUUCCAGGAACCACAUCAUUUUGGAUUGUCCUCAACAAUUUGA